ACAGAGAUUCAAGCUGGCGAUCCCGUCCCCGUUCGCGCAAAGCGUCGCUACCGUCCUGGCACUGUCGCCCUUCGCGAAAUCCGACAUUACCAGAGCAAUGCAAAGCUCCUCCUCCGAAAACUACCUUUUGCGCGCCUAGUUCGAGAAAUCGCUUUGACCGUACGACCACGAGGCGAAGGCAUGCGCUGGCAAAGCCAAGCCAUCAUGGCCCUCCAAGAAGCUGCCGAGGCCUACAUGGUGCACCUGUUCGAAGACACCAACCUAUGCGCCAUCCACGCGAAGCGCGUGACCAUUAUGCAGAAGGAUAUCCAGUUGGCGAGACGGAUACGCGGUAUCUGGGGAGGUCUGGGUUAA